AGCUGCGGGGGAGAGCUCAGUAACUUACAGGGACGUAGAUGCCCGAAGGAGGAGGAGAAGAAACCAUUGUGAAUAUGCAAAUUGGGUAUACGGAUAGGAAGCAGAGAGAGCAAAAAGAAGUAGACGUUUUCCUCAGCAAGAACAAGAGGGGCAAGUCCACGUUCUUAUUGCACCACAGUCCGAGUUGGCCGCAAAGAAUGCCGAAGGAUGGUGGAGGGCGAGCCCCACGUUCCCCAGAACUCUCUCGCUGCUUUCGGCCCAUCGCACACCGAAGAACACCUCUCCACCAACAUGUGUGUUGAUAAAGACAUGCCGAACCGGCCAAGACUGAACUCAACUCAUCGGCUGUUGAGUCCAUGGCUUCGUUUCAAUCUCCACCGGCGCGACUUUUCCGCUCCAACUCAGACCGACCGCUAUAUCUCAUACCACUGUGAUUGAACAUCUGCCAUGUCGUCAAAGCAUCCCACUCUCGACAGCCACAUUCAUCUCUGGCCAGCGUCAGCAGCAGAUGCAAAUGGCCACGCCUGGAUGAGCGAUCCACACUUCAUCCUCUCAAAGCAACAUAUCCUCUCCGACUACACGAGCGCCUCAUCUGCAAACCCACCAACCGGUGUCGUCUACGUGGAAACAGAUCGUCGGCUCGAGGACCCAUCUUCAUCAUCAUUAGAAUCCUGGGCUUCUGAAGCGAUCAAAGAGUUGCAAUUCCUACGCAGCAUUGUGGAAGGUGAUUAUGGCUCUGAAGCCUCGGCGCUACUCCAAGGCAUCGUGACCUGGGCCCCUGUACACCAAGGACAAGAUGUGUUCUCUCAAUGGUUGGAAAUAGCCGAAAAGACUACUGGACCGGAGACCUGGAGACGAAUCAAGGGGUUUAGAUUCUUAUUACAAGCCAUCACGGACAAGACCGAAUUUGAGAAUCUGGUCUUCAGCGAUGGCUUCAUCUCGAUCUUGAAAUCCUUGGGCCGACACGAGAAGAAAUUCAGUUUUGACGUGGGAAUCGACCAACGAAGCGGUGCUACCUGGCAACUGGAAACGUUUACCAAAGUCGUGGAGAAGGUGUACGAAGGCGUGCCAGAAGAGGAGAGAACAGUGUUGAUAUUGAAUCACAUGUGCAAACCCUCCUACACAUCUACAUCCUCGGACUCAUUCGUUCGCUGGAAAUCCUGCAUCCAAAACUUUGCCUCUCACCCUCAAGCCUACAUGAAGCUUUCAGGCGCCUUCUCAGAACUCAGCGAUGAUGCUUCACCGGUCAACACUGUGGAUCCCAACGUCUUGGCGCAAAGGAUGAAGCCAUGGACCGAUGUGGUCUUUGAUGCCUUUGGCCCGCAAAGAGUCAUGUUCGGAAGUGACUGGCCGGUGUGCAAUGUCAAGGGCCCGAAGGGAGAAGGAAGUUGGCCAGUCUGGACAAGCGUGGUCGAGGAGGUUCUAAGUCAGCGAAAGUGUACGGAAGCCGAGAAGGCAAGAGUAUGGAGCGGAACAGCCAAGGAGGCCUAUAGACUAUGAGCCUAGGUGACAGAUGCCAAGCGAAGGGAACGAGAUGUUCAGAUUCAUGGCGUGAGCAUAUGGACAAAAUGAUAUAGAUCGAGAGAAAUCAAGAGGAUAUACGAAAACAUAAGGAAAACAUCCACCCAGAUGAAGAGACAUUAAGACUCUGGCCUCCACUGCUUGCCGCCCUGCGCCGAGAUCAUGCAUGAUUCAUCUGCG